GGAGGUGCUGGUGGUAAGGGUGUGUGGGGCAAGCCAGGUGAUGAAUUAUUCGAAGAUGGUAGAUGUGAUGAUAGCCAUGAUCCUAACUAUGAUUCUGAGAGCGAGGAUAAAGUAAUAGUACAAAGAAUUGACCCACCAAUUGGUGAGAAGGAGUUUGAGAAGAUUAUUGAACCUUUGAUAUUAGAAUAUUUUGAACAUGGUGAUACUGAUGCUGUUAUUGCUGAUCUAAAUGAUUUAAAUUUGGGGAAAUUAAAACAGAGGAUGAUAGAAUUUGUAGUGAGUUUAGCGUUGGAUAGAAAGGCAACUCAUAGAGAAAUGACGUCAGUGCUAAUCUCAGAUCUGUAUGGUAAAUUUCUAACCAUGGAAAAUAUGUCGACUGGGUUUGAUGACCUACUUUCUUCUCUGUCUGAGUUGACAAUUGAUACUCCGGAUGCACCAACUGUUGUGGGCCAAUUUAUAGCUCGAGCUGUAGCUGAUGACUGUCUUCCACCUAAAUAUAUCCAUAAAUAUAAAGGACAACUUGAAUGUCCUAAAAGCAGAGAAGCGUUAGAGAAAGCUGAUGUAUUAUUGAGUCAGAAACAUGGUAUUGUUAGACUUGAUAAUAUCUGGGGUACAGGUGGGGGAAUCCGUCCAGUCAAAUAUCUUAUUAAACAGAUGGUGUUACUGUUAAAAGAAUAUCUAUCAUCUAAUGACAUAAAGGAAGCUACUAGAUGUUUAACACAGCUUGAAGUGCCCCAUUUUCAUCAUGAACUUGUAUACGAGGCAGUUACCAUGAUGCUUGAGAAUUCAACCAACAGAGCUAUGGUCAGAAUGUGUAAACUGCUCAAAUCAUUGGUGAAUGCUGUCAUAAUAACACCGAACCAACUCACUCAGGGAUUUAGACGAGUGUACCAAUCUAUGCCAGAUUUGUGUUUGGACGUACCAAAUGCUUAUUCUUUGUUAGAGAAAUUUGCAAAUGUUUGUCAUAAUGAAUCAGUUAUAAAUGAUGAGUUACUGAAAGAGUUGCCACAAAGAGGUCGAAAGAGAUUUGUAUCAGAAGGUGACGGAGGACCAAUUAAGGAAGUUGCUCCUUGA